ACUAGGAACAUACUGACAAGCGAACCAUGGAUAGAAGUCAAAUGGACAACUCCACUAUCAGUUACAACACUUCAGAUAGCCACCUGGUCACACAUAGCCUGUGGGAGAUCAUCACUAUUGCUACGGUCUCAGCUAUAGUAAGCCUGAUCACAAUAAUUGGAAAUGUUCUAGUGAUGCUGUCCUUCAAGGUAAAUAGUCAACUGAAAACUGUUAACAACUACUAUCUACUAAGCCUGGCUUUUGCUGACCUUAUCAUUGGUAUGUUUUCCAUGAAUUUAUACACUUCCUAUAUACUCAUGGGCUAUUGGUCACUAGGUAGCCUUGCAUGUGACCUCUGGUUGGCUAUGGACUAUGUGGUUAGCAAUGCCUCAGUUAUGAACCUGCUAGUAAUUAGCUUUGAUCGUUACUUCUCCAUUACAAGACCGCUGACCUAUAGAGCUAAGCGAACGCCAAAGCGUGCUGGGAUCAUGAUUGGACUGGCUUGGAUGGUGUCCUUCAUCCUGUGGGCACCUCCAAUUCUGUGCUGGCAGUAUUUUGUAGGUAAAAGAACAGUACCUGAGAGACAGUGUCAAAUCCAGUUCUUCUCAGAGCCAGUGAUAACUUUUGGGACAGCAAUUGCUGCAUUUUAUAUUCCAGUUUCUGUCAUGACCAUCUUGUACUGUCGGAUUUAUAAAGAGACAGAAAGGCGCACUAAAGACCUGGCAGAACUCCAGGAAGUCAACCAUUCUACAGACUCUGACAUUAAAAAUCAGCCUCAGAUGCCCACAAUUAGGUCCUGCUUCAGUACCACGCCCAGAAGGCAAAACCAGGUAUCCUGGGUGUCCUCCAGCCAUAACAACACUUCUAAAUCUGCUACCACCUUCAGUGACGAGUGGUCUAAAGCUGACCACCUUACCACUUUUGCCAGCUAUGCAUCUUCUGAAGAAGAGGAAUGUGCUCCUGGAGUCCUGGUGGUCUACAGGAAUCAUACAUGCAGGGAGAACAAAACAGUCCUGUCCAAUAAUGGUGAGGAAGAGAAUUUCUUCCUAUCACCAGGUAAAACCAACUCUGAGUCCAUGAGCAUGCAGUCCAUAGCCUUGUCCUCUAAACCUAACAACCCAAUGCUGAAGAGCCAGAUAACCAAGCGCAAGAGGAUGGUUUUGAUCAAAGAAAGAAAGGCAGCACAGACUCUUAGCGCUAUUCUGCUGGCCUUCAUCCUCACAUGGACACCUUACAACAUCAUGGUGCUUAUCUCCACCUUCUGUUCAGAUUGCAUACCUCUGUCUCUAUGGCACCUGGGCUACUGGCUGUGCUAUGUCAAUAGCACUGUCAACCCAAUGUGCUAUGCUCUCUGCAACAAAACCUUUCAAAAGACCUUCCGGAUGCUCCUCCUCUGCCAGUGGAAGAAGAGACUGGAGGAUAAAGUUUUUUAGCAAAGACAAAACCCUCUGUUAGACAGUAAGUUCUCGUGACCAAAUUUGAACAAAAUAAUAAUUAGAAUCUAAAAGAAUGUACAGAUGAGACUAGGGAUGUCACGAUACCAAAAAUCUAGUAGUCGGUACCGAUACCACCAAAAGUACACGAUACUCGAUAUCAAAGUCGAUACCACGGUAUGGUAUAAAAAUAAAAUUAAAAAAAUAAAAUUAAAAAACUCUCCUGGAGGACAUCCUCCUCUGGAUCUCUGGCUGAUACUGACAAAGAGAGGCAGAGGGGGAGAGAGAGAGGGAGAGAGAGGGGGUAAGGUAUUUUAGUUAUCAAACACUGUCUGACAAUGAGUCUCCGGAGGUGCACUCCUAAACGCGCGCGCACACACACACACACAGACGCACACACACACACACACACACACACACACACACACACACACACACACACACACAUCUUAUACUCUGAAUGCAAGCAUUAGUUUAAAUUCACUGAUAUGGUGGCAGGCCAAAAAUAUUUAAUAAAGCAUGAACAUGUGAAUAUUUAUUAGUGACAUUCAGCUACAUUUAGCUGAUAGGACACGGGCUGAAUAGCGAUGUAUGGUGACCCAUUAGGAGGUAGUUUAUAACAUCGCAAUGCGUUAGCAUCGUUAACAAAUAACUGGCUAUGGCUAACAUUACAUGGAGCAUAAUGUUAGUUGGUUCCACGGCUACAAUGCCAGCUGCCUCAAACAAAUAUAAUAUAGGACCGUCUUUCUGGUGUUUCGCCAAAUUCCAGGUGUUUCCUCGCAUUGUUUGAAAUGGAUGAUAGCAUCGGUUGCACACCGGAAACCGAUACUAGCUUUCCUCAGAACGAUUCGGGGCGGAGCUAAACUUGUUAAGGUAAGCUAAACUUCUGUAGUUUUUCCCGUGUGCUUGUAGACGUUCCUCCUCUUCUUCACCACUUGUGGACCGACUAAAACACUUGUGCGUAUUUGGUGCCCCAUCAGGUCCGGAAGAAUCGCAACCUUGGUACUUACGGUACCUUCGUUACAAUGAGGUACCAAUGGAACUGCAGAAAAACAAGUACCAUCACGUUUUAAGAAUGUUGGUACCGACUUGGUACCGAAGUACCGGUUUUCGUGACAUACCUAGAUGAGACAGUAUCGGUAUAAGGUAGUAUGUAAUUUAACCAUAGAUUUUCAUCACGACUACAUCUAAAAUUA